AUGCCCAUCGGGCUUUGGACGAAUGAUUGGGCCAGUUCUUUGCUCUUCUCCAGCCUGUGGGAGAUUUUGACCGAGGAGAAGUUGGGCUACAACAUUACCAAGGAUGGUGCGGCCACCUCUCGACCGAUCACCUUCAAGUUGGCCGGGUGCAGCCAUGUUCCUGGCACCCCUCAGAUCAUCGAAGGACAGAGCACACAAAGUGACAUGAACCUUUGCCAUGUUUGA